AUGGCGCGGAUCACGCUGGAGGACCUGGAGCGCCUGGACGAGGAGCCCGCGGCCGCCGGCGGGGACGGCAGCGACGGCGAGGACGACCGGGAGGCGGAGGCGCGACUGUUCGCCCACUGGGGGGCCGUGGCCAGCACGCACCGAGUGAGCCUUCCCCCAGACAUGGCAGGCCCGAUCGCCCAGAUGGCCAGGCACAGGCAGGCUCGCGAGCCCGUGCCGUACGUCUCCCUCUCGCAGCACGGGAAGUGCGAGGCCGUGGCCUACGAGGAGCGGCGGUACCCUGCUGGGAAGUGGGCCUGUGUCACCAUGGGGGAGCCCAUGUAUGAGCAGAGCAUCUCCAUGAGCUUCAUGAAGCUCAUGCGCUACAUCUGCAAGGAGAACUCUGUAGGUUGCCAUCUGGGCAUGACAAUCCCAGUGCUCAACGAAAUCCACCUGACCAAGGAGGGGACCGAGCUGGAGCGUGAGGUCCUCACUGCGUAUUAUCUCCCAGGAGCGUUCCAGCAAAACCCCCCCGUUCCUAUGGACCCCGAAAUCCACAUCACCGAGAGGGCACCACUCCGGGUUAUUACCAGGGUGUUCUACGGGAUGACCACCGAGGAGACAAUUCUGCGGGAGAUCAGUCUCUUCUGGGAGCUCUUGGGCUCCACAGACGCGGUGCUGCGGGAGACCUACAUUGUGGCUUCCUAUGAAAACCCCGGCGUCCCUCAGCGCCGCAAUGAGAUCUGGUUCAUCUGCCGGGCCGAGUGAGUCCCCUCCGUCACCGCAGCCAGCGCGCCACCGGCCCGCUGGGGGUGGCAGUUCCGACCCAAAGGAGGCGGGGCGCAUCCCGACCCGCUGUUCACCCACACAAUGACAGACCAAGAGACGCUGGGGUGAGUCCCCAGCCUGCCCUGCAGGGGUCCUGCCACGGGAAAUGCUGCCUGGUGUGCGCUUCACCUGCUCCCACAGCUGAGGCUGGAGCUGGCACCAAGGAUGACCCCUAAGAGCAAGCUCUCGAUGGGAAGCACACGGAGUGGGCUUGUGCAGUGCGCUAGCCUGACCUGGGCUUGCAGAGCUGUGCCAGGGAGGCUGGUGGGUCUCGUGGUGGACAGCAUCACAAGGUGAGGGUGUCCAAAAGGCAAAUGACUGUACAAGACGUGGGGCUCAGCAUGGCCUCCGGCCUGCUUCCUGUGAGAAUGGCUGCCUGUCCCGAACAGAGCCAUUGAAAUGCUGCUACAGAGACAGUCAGGUUCAAGGGGGAAAAGGGCUUGAAUUCAGGCGUGAAUCCUGAAUGUUUCCUGCUGGGGUGAUUCUCUUUGGACUGCUGGGUGCCUCCCUGGCUGUCACUCACAGUUCCUCAGCCAGGACUCGGGCGCUGGCAGCCUUUGUCCAUCCGUUGUGGGUGCUGCUUUGCAGACCUGCUGCGAGCUGAGAGGGGCAGGUCCUGAGAGCAGCAGCAGCAGCACUACUGUCUUUUCAUAGUGUGAUUUUCUGCGCAAAACCCGCACCCUGGCCGGGAUGAAGUAAUGCUUUAAUUCUCUAGCACUAAAAAAUGCUGUUGGAGUGUUUGGGUUUUGGUUUUUUUUCUGCAGUUCCCGUGGAGAGUUUGGGUUUUGGGGUUUUUUUUUUCCUGCAGUUCCCAUGACACUUCUGCUCUGGCCAGCAUAAGCUUGUGUUGUAUUUUGCAAAGGCAGACAGUUCAUUUUCCUCUCCAUGGCAGGCAAUGAUAUUCCUGCACUAUUGAUGUACUUAACUAAACUUGCAAGAACCUAUGUGGCGAGUGUUUGAAGUGCCUUGCAAUUUUGCAGUAAAGCUCCCAUAUUUCAUAUGUAUUUUUAUUUUUUUUUAUGGCAUACAAAAUCAUCUUUUGCUUGCUAAGCUAGGAGUAAUUAUUUAUUUAGUAAGAGUGUCAAUUAAUUUGAAUGAAAAAAAAAGGAAAGCCUUUAAUUCCAAGAGUAAAAAUGCAGUAUUUCUAAGGAGUUCUGCAUGUCUUUUGUGCUUAUAUAGGAUAUUUCUGUAACAUCUUUGAAGCUGGUACAUGUUGAUAUCUGAUUUUUAAGUGUACACAGCAUGAUAAAUCAACUACAGUCUAUGUCUAGGAAAAAAUCUGCAAGCGAUUCUCUCUCGUUUGUAUUAUAGAUGUAUUAUUUUUAUAUAAUAAUAUAAUAAUAAUAUAAAAUAUAA